CCCAGGCGGAUGUUCCCUCCCUGCCAGGUCUCCGUCUCCGGACUCCGGGCAGACUCGAAGUACUUGAUGCUGAUCGACUUUAUCCCGGUGGAUUCCUUCCGUUACAAGUGGCAGGAUCAGCAGUGGGAAGCCAGCGGGAAAGCCGAGCCCCACCUCCCAGACCGUGUGUACAUCCACCCGGAUUCUCCGGCUCCCGGAUCCCACUGGAUGAGGCAGACGGUCUCCUUUCACAGGCUGAAGCUGACAAACAACACACUAGACCAGCAUGGGCAUAUUAUCCUCCACUCGAUGCACAGGUAUCAGCUUCGGCUGCACGUGGUCCAGGCCAGAGACGUGUUCUCCCCGACCUGGAGCGCCUGCUCCUCAUUCACCUUCCCCGAGACCCAGUUCAUGGGGGUCACCGCCUACCAAAACCAGAAG